CCAAACACCCUACCCCCUCACGCCUCCUUUCCCGCAUUAUACCCAUUCCCCUUCAUUUCAUGAGAUCUUCCUUCUUCCCUCUUCUUCAUACCCACAUUGCCACCGGAGGAUCAAGAAUCGCCGCCGUGAACCCACAAUCAUGGUCUUCUCAAUAUCCUCGCCGUCCAAAAGGCAGGCCCUCUUCAUCUGCACCCUGAUCCUCCUAUGGUACUCCUCCAACAUCGGCGUUCUUCUCCUCAACAAAUUCCUCCUCUCCAACUACGGCUUCGCCUUCCCCGUUUUCCUCACCAUGUGCCACAUGGCCGCCUGCGCCGUCCUCAGCUACGUCUCCAUUGUGUUCCUCAAAGUGGUGCCGUUCCAGCGGAUCAAAUCCCGCUCCCAGUUCCUCCGCAUCUCCACGCUCAGCGUCGUUUUUUGCGGCUCCGUCGUCGGCGGGAAUAUCUCGCUUCGUUUCCUCCCCGUCUCGUUUAAUCAGGCCGUCGGCGCCACCACGCCCUUCUUCACCGCAUUGUUCGCCUUCCUCAUGACCCGCAAGCGGGAGGCUUGGGUUACCUAUGCCGCCCUCGUCCCCGUCGUCGGCGGCGUUGUCAUUGCCAGUGGGGGUGAACCGAGCUUCCACUGGUAUGGAUUUAUCAUGUGUGUAAGUGCAACUGCCGCAAGAGCUUUCAAGUCUGUUCUUCAGGGCGUUCUCCUAUCCUCAGAAGGGGAAAAGCUCAACUCCAUGAAUCUGCUUCUUUAUAUGUCACCAAUCGCUGUUCUGGUUCUACUGCCAGCAACACUUGUACUGGAGCCCAACGUCAUUGAUGUCACUCUAACCCUUGCAACAAAACAUAGAUAUUUGUGGCUGCUUCUUUUGGUUAAUUCCUCGAUGGCCUAUGGAGCCAACUUGUUAAACUUUUUGGUGACUAAGAAUACAAGUGCCUUGACUCUCCAGGUAUUAGGCAAUGCAAAGGGUGCUGUAGCUGUUGUUAUCUCAAUACUUCUUUUCCGCAACCCCGUAACUUUUAUAGGAAUUGCUGGCUAUACAAUGACAGUUAUGGGGGUUGUUGGAUAUGGAGAAGCCAAGAGGAGGUACAAAUGACAUGCCACGCCACACGAGUCGUGCUCGACUGUUUCUUCUUCAUGAUGCCCCAUGUUUUCAGUGACAUUAAAGCAUUGUUAUGGAGGAUUUAGGAUAAAGUUCAAUUUUGAUGUUGGCUUCUAAGUUAUGUUACAGCACAUACAUAGAGAUUUAGUGAAAGAGGAGGAGGGGGUGAGGGAGGAGGGGACAGUUUUCAUUGUAGUGUUGUAUUCUUUUGCUGUACUGAUAAAGUAUGCAGAUGUACUAAAUUCUGAUGUCUAUUUGUAAUAUAAUAUAAUAUUUACCCUUCCUUCA